AUAUAAUCGCGAUGGAUAUUUCGAACCAGAACAGUGAUAACACUGAAAAUGGCCUGCAUAAACGUAAAAAAGGCAGACCUUCCGAUAAGGGGGAUAUUAAAAAACCUAAAUUGGCAUCCAAUACAAGUUCGGUUCAUAAAAUUAUUCAGAAUAUUCACUUGCAGUUGAAGGAGGACUUUGUUGCUGCUGAUGUUAUUCGACACUUCGCUCGAACCUUGCAGAAAAAUCCAGCUUAUGCUGUUGAUUAUAUUCGGGCAGGAGGAACGUUUACCCACUUUCUUAAAAUAUUGAAAACGAUGGAUACGGGAAAGCUGGCGGAUGUAGCCGAUCUGUUCACGGUUAUUCACUACGUUAUGAUUGAGUGCGGAAAUUACGAUGAAGUCCACGCCGCGUAUGCUGCCAAAUGCGCCAAAACAAUUCUAACCGAUUACAAAAAUUCGGUAGUGUCAUUACUGAAUGUACAAUCCACCGAGCAGCAACUGAUAGCUGGCUUUCGCAUACUGAAAGCAAUUUUGUUGACUGAUCCAACGUAUGGCCGAGAAAUUUUGAGCCUUCUGGAUAUCUGCGUGCCACAGUUGGAUUUGAGACGUUACCGUGAAGUUUUAUCCGAAGAUGAGGAAGAAUCGUUAAGGGGAGUGUUUGUGGAUUUCAAUUUGAGUUUCUUAAUUGAUUCAAGUUCGGAACUGGUCCGAUUGUGGUUAAGUCGCCACUAUUUAGUGUAUCCGUUGGUUAGUAAUUUGGUUUACGACAGAGCAGAGAAUGUGGUUUUGGUGAUGAAAACGUUCCAGCAGUAUAUUCUGGAGAACGCAAGUAUCGAUAAAUUUAUGUAUAGAACCACGUUUAACACGGAUGUUCUCAAAGCGCUGGUAAAUGUCUACGAAUGGGUUGGACCAGCCAAUGCAGUAGUAAGUGACGAAUCGAAAAGUAUGGUUCUAAAUGCAGCCGAAAAGUUAGUGCUACCAUUGCUGACUUCGAAAAAAUAUCAUCUGGUGCCGAAAGUUGUUGAUUUGGGUCGAGCAGUUGCCCGGCAUAAGCACAUACUGCUAGCACUCAAAAAUUCACAACUGCACAAGCAGCAGAAGAAACUGGUUCUGAAGAUCUUUGAUGUUUGUCCAGAAGCUUUACCAGCUGUUUUAGAAAAUUUUGGUUCUCUGCUGAAGUCCAAAAGAAACGAACAUCGUAAUUUGUUGCUGGAGAUUCUUCGUCAACCAAAGCCAGAGGAAAUUGUUAAACAUUUCGAUACGGCAGAUGCCAAGCAAGUGUCUAAUUUCAUCACGAAAUCAACUCUUCCCAAAACGAUACUAGAGUUUGUCACGACGUCGAUAAACAAGAGAACUGCGAUUUCGUUUUGCAUGGAAUUUUUAGCAGUUAUGCUGAGUCAGUGCGAGAAAUAUCUUCAAGAAGUACCGAAGCUCAAAAAUCUCGAUCAGUUUGAUAUCAAGAAGAUAAAAUUUGAUGUAAUAAAUCAAAUCAUAGGGUUGUUCCCAACCAUAGACGCCAUUAUGAGUGCAAUGAUGCAUCAUAGAACGGACAAGAAUGCCGUUAAGCCGUACAUUGCUAUGGAGUUUACCAUGGACAUACUGCUGGCAUGCAUCCGCACUUUCCCUUCAUACAUCGAAAGCUCAUCAUUCAUCACGACGUAUCGAAAAAUUCUCGACCCUGUUUAUCGUAACUUGGCUAUAGAACACGAAUAUCUAUCGUAUGAGUUCAAAGCGAUCAAGGUCAUUAUUGCUCUCGAACCACAAUCGAUAGCUUUCAACUCAGAGCUCUUUCCAUCGGUGCUAAAACUUCUUACCAAAGUUUAUCUUAAUGGCAGCGCAGAAAUGCAGCGUGAAGCUACAGUCCAACUGAUGACCCUCUUCCGGAACACCGCUCUGUUCGGAAACAGCCCGAACGAGAUAGAAAUAUGGUUCCAAACUUUGCUAUGGAUAGACCCCGCAGAUGUUCCGAGUUUGGUAUCUUUCUUGGCGUACGCAUUCCGACAGGCGGCAAAGCAGCAAAGCCUUUCCACCGAAAAAGACCAUUCUCUCGUGAAUAAAGCUUUCGAAAAAAGCCGCCGUGCUGAUCUAGAUGAGCUGUUCGAGCGUGUCGAGGCGGAAACGGCCGGUCAGCUGGAUCAGGAAGAGGAACCGGUGGAACUACCGGUAGCUGAUAAUUUUCUAAUCUACAUGUUUCAUCCCAGUACCAAUCGUCCGGAGCAAUUUCAUCCCUAUCUCGAGGCAGUCGCACUGAGAUAUUUUCACUCGCUACCCUAUCCGGAGAUUGUGGAGAACUGUGCGGAAAGCCUCGGCGGGCGGAUGCAUAAAUAUUUCAAAAAGUGGGUCAUAGAAAGGAAGGCAAAGCCUUUGGAUGGUUUUAGCGAGCAAAGCUCGCUUGGAAGGUUAAGUCGGCUUUUACUGAACAAGCAACAGGCGGUGGAAGAAGUGCUACCGAACGGACACUUGAAUCGGUGUGAAUUAGUUUACCUAAUCCAUGAGGUCAUUUUCUACGUUACCCAAUUAAUUGAAAUGGAGAAAUUUGAUUCCGAUUACUCAACGGUAUGUAUAUAUUACUUGAAUCAAUUUUUUGAUCGGCUUUUGACGGAGGAAGCGGAGCUUGCUGAAGAGGAUCAAAAACUGGGUGAUGUGCUGAAAAAUAUCUUCUGUCAUCGUCCCGUUCUGUAUCAGCAUUUCACCGUCGUUAGCAGCAAAGACGAUAUGAGUGGCUUAGCUACUAACUUUAUAUACGAGCUAAUGCGAAAGCUACAUUCUGUGGAAAAGUUUUCUCAGUAUACGACGCUAUACUCAAAUAAAAUUGUCAGUGAAAUCAUUUCUGUAGCGUCGUCAGAAACGUCUCGUAACGGGCAACUAAAUGCCUCAUUGGUUGAGAAGCUGCUAAGUAUUUUCCACCUCAGCGUGCGAAACUCCAUCAGUUUGCUGAAACAUUAUGCACAAUUAUCGCAUCUUCACUUUGUAAACGAUCGAAACGAAAAAACCAGCCAUUUCACUUUGUUGACAGCAGCCUUAGAGAAACUAGCUGACAACCGGGAUUGUUGUCUGGAGCAAGCCACUGUGAACGGAUUAUCGACGAUCUAUAUCGAUUUCAUUCGAAAGAAUGGCAGCGAAUUAAAUUUGGACACUUUGGAAGCGGCUUUCAUGAAUUAUUUAGACAUCUUUAGUCAUAGCAUUAGCCAUUUGGAGGAAGACAUGUUUCAAUGCUUUUUCGAAAGCAAAAGAAUAGGCAAACCUCUCAUCAAACUAGCGGCUUUCUUGCUUGACAGAAGCAAGCGUUUUGAUGCGAUAUGCCUGCAACUUAUACCUGUUCAUAUUCAGAAAAAGGAAUUGAUUUACCCGUUGGUCGAUGUCGCUUUCCGUAGAAAACUAUUCGAACCAACUAAGGAAAACCAUCAGAAACUACUAACAGCGAUUUAUAAUGAGUUCAAAAGUGGUAUCAACAAAACUAUUGAAAAACCAUCCAAAGCAGCUGUUAUCUAUAAGGAAAACUCAACGGCCAACCAGCAAUUGAUCUAUAAUUGCAUGCCGAAAAACGAAUGCAUUGAUUUUGCCAAAAAGAAACUAAAGAUAGAUUCCCUGGAAAUUUACCAACUUAAUCUACUGAUGGAAAUCUACAAAAAGGCCUUCGUAGCAACAAAGGAUGAUGCAGCUCAAGUGCAGACGGUGUACCUAAAUGGAUUCAACGUUUUACUGCAAUUUUUCAAUGUUCUACUGAAAGGAUCCGAUCUGUUUAAGGACAUUGAAAAACUCAACUCGCUAACGCUAGCCACUUAUCACUGGGUGCAGCAAAGCUCGAAGUGCAAACAUUUAACAGCAUUGGAGUACAAUCAACUGACCGAUACGGCCAACUGGUCCAAUUUUUGUAAAUAUAGUUUAAAGCUGGGUAUCGAAAUUCAUAAAUCUGCAGACAAUCCAAAUCGAUACGAUGAUCGGCUUCAUGUGCUGCUUAAAAUUGCGGCUAUUAUGACAGAUUUAUUCUACAGAGACAAUAGUGCGGCACCGGAAGUGGCUGAGUUUUAUGAUCUUGCUCUGUCACAUUCGCGCUUUCUGGACGUCCUGUUGAUUCCCUUCCAGUUUAAGGUUAAAGCUUCACUUGUCCAUCUGCUACUUACGCUUGCUCACAAAAAUCAUUCGGUAAUGGAUAAGAAACACAUCCCUUUACUGUUGGGAGCCUAUGGAGCUACGCUGACCGAAGGUAACCGGUUUGUGCUGGCUCUGAUUCAGCAUUACGAACGUUGCGGUAUUCAUCUGAACGAGUAUCGUCCAUUUCUGUGGGGUGACGCUGCCAUUAAGCAUUUCUCGUUAGGACAAGACACUUCCAAGCAGCGAAAUUUAUGCCAAAUAAAUAAUACCGAAGUCUUGUCACUCUUUAAUCGCGAAAAACUACUCAAUACACUGAACAACUUUCCCGUCUGGCGAAAGUUAGACGCCGUCGAGCAAUUACCCGAAGUUAAUUUCGAUUACCUUCGGAAAGACAAACGUUUCAUAGGGAAAUACCAUCCAACGAAUGACAUUGAACGAAUCGUUGAGAACACAAAACAUCGCGAGCAGAAGGCUAGCGGAAGCUUGUUGGAGAAAUGUGCGACUAAAACCGAAGUGUUUGCAGCAAUUUACGAUCCAGCUUUUCUACUGCCACUGAUGGGUUACCUGUUUGCACCGGAAAGUGACGACGUGUUGCCUCUAGCCGGUAAAUGUGGAGCGCUGGCACUCCCGUUUGCGUGUCUCGCCAGCAGCGAUGAAUCAAUGCGGCUUGCCGCCGCCUGCGCCCUGAUGCGAAUCAAAGGUUACCUGGAACUGUCUAAAAAAUUUGUUGAUUCCAUGUUUUGGAUUCACUUAUUCACAGCUAUUCAAAACGGCUUGGCUUCUUUAGACUCCACCAAGUCUGCCGGCGAAAAACCAUCAAAACCCACAAUAGUGAAACUAUUCAAGCCAGCAUUUCUCCCCUGCCUGUUUGUUGGCGCUACAAUCAACGUCCUGCCGGAUGUUCUCAGCGAGCUGCACUCGAUGCUAACGCACUACUUUCUUCUGAAGGAUACCUUCGACUUCAAGGCCAUUCCGAAUUUCCUCGUUAUGUUCCACAGUGCGGACGUAAAACACAACAGCCAUCGGAUUUUUAUACUGGAAACCAUAGCUAACGGCAUCAAAACCCAUGACGAUUUCAUGAUACUGCGUGCUUCGCCGGUCAUUCGGGCACUGAUGCAGUUUUACGCUUGCUCUUUGUCGAAUCGAGACUUGAAUAUCCUGAUUCUUAACAUCCUCAACAGCAUCAUCAAAAUUCCAAAAUCAUGCGAAGUGAUGAUCAACACGAUCGGCUUCCUAACAUGGCUGAGCGAACGAAUUGAAUCCAUCGAAAGCUUCCACUUUGACACCAUUGAAGCAUUUCUGGGCAUGAUCAGUAACAUGUGGUACUCGGUUCAGGUACAACGGCAGCACUACAAGAUGCAACAGCUCAGCCGGACGUUUGCGAUUAUGGUGCUAAAAAUUUUACCUCUGUUGUCGACGAGAAGCUCAAGCCGAACGUUGACAAGGUUUCUUAACAUACUGGAGAAAACAAUGGAUGAAAAUGUCGACAAUAUUAAGCUGGUUAGCGAAGAGGUCAUGGUAGAGAUGCUAGAUUACUUUGAGAAAUUAUUCGAUCAGCAAUUUUGGUACGUUCGAAACGUAAAACAGAAUGGUAAUGAGAACAAUGAACGAUCCCAAUCGUUGGGUGAGAAAAUGAUGGCACAAGGUGUGGAGGAAACUACGAUGUAUAUCAUACUUACACUGAGGAGAAUCGUUAUUAAAUGGCAAAAUAGUUGUAGAUAAAUGUUUGGUUUUGCUAAG